AUGAAUCCUCAACCCCCGACGCGUGGCGAACACCCGAAACCACCGAAACCACCUCCCGGGAAACCUCCACCGCCGCCGCCUUCUUCGGUGAAACCACCAACCUUCUACGCGGUCGUUCGUGGACGAAACCCAGGGAUAUACCCGUCCUGGCACACGAGCAGGAAACAGACGUUUAAGUUUCCGAACGCUCUGAGUAAAAGUUUCGUGGAGUUUUGCGAGGCGAGAGAAUGGUACGAACAAAUGGGCGGGGAUUUAGGGAAGCUGCCGAGUUACGUCGGGUACACGGACGCGGUGGAGAAAGUGCUGGAUUUAGGGAAGCCAGAAGUGGAAGAAGAAAGCGAGGAGGAGGAGGAGGAGAAGAAGAAGGAGGAGGAGGAAGAAGACGAAGAUGAAGAAGACGACGACGACUACGAGGAAGAGGACGAGGAAGAGUCGGAGGACUUCUCCUCGGACGUUUCGGUAUCGAUAUCCUCCUCCUCUGACGAUGUAAACCUAGAAUAUAAUUUGCGAGGUUUCUCAGACGACGAGGAAGAGGACGAAAUUUCCUUAUCAAUGAAAGAGCUGGACGAACGGCCGAGUUCGGUUCUGAGCAACGGUCGAUCGCCGGCGGAAGGUUCGAAUUUGAAUCCAAAGAAGAGGAAACUCGGAUUAGUCGAUCCGAACGAUCCGGACAGCUCGGAGUCCGAGUCGGAUUACGAUGAGGAUGGGAAGGAUGGACAGAAAGCGUUGUUUGCAAAGUUUUUCGGCGGCGGAAUCGGGAACGGCGAAGAACAAAAAGCGAUGAUCAGGAGAUGCCCAUUACACGACGACAUCGAGCGAUUCGCUUCGGAAAACGUUCAAAACGAAGCCGAAACGUCGGCUAGGGACGAGAUAGAACAAACGGUUCGAGAAACUAUACAGAAAUACUCGUUUUCAAAAGCACAGGUCCACAGAUUUGGUUCCGGAGCCACUGGUUUGGCGCUGAAAGAUGCGGACGUAGAUUUAGUCAUUUUAGGCGUCGGGCCGCAAUCGGUGAAAGGUGGCGGCGGUGGAUUCACGAGAAGCGAGAAGCAAUUAUUGGUGCAGCAUUUGCGGACUAUUGCGAAGACUUUGCGAAAUAAAGGCGUGUGUAAACGCGCAGAAAUCAUAUCGUCGGCAAAAGUUCCGAUUGCGAAAUUAGACGCCUACCACGCGGAGACAAAGACGCACAUCAAACUCGAUUUAGCGAUUGGCGUGAGCAACGGAUUAGCCGCUGCGCAGUGGAUCCGGGAACAAGUGGGCGAGUUUCCCGCGUUGAAACCACUCGUUUUGGUUUUAAAGCGAUUGUUACAAAUUCAUAAGCUGAACAACGCCGCCACGGGCGGGUGCGGUGGGUACCUUUUGAUAUCCUUGGUCGUUUCGCAUUUGAAACAAUGCACGCCGGCUAUGCGCGAUAAGAAGGACGGGUUGGGAGAUUUGCUCUUAGGUUUCUUCCGACGGUUUGGGGUCACUCACGAUUACGAAACCACCGCUAUUGCAGCCUCGCGUCCGACGGGAACCUGUUCGGUCGGUUCCGUCGAUGUCGCGCCGAAUCCGUUUGGACCUCGACCGUUUAUCAUUUGCGAAGACCCGCAGGAAAGGAGCAGGAACAUCACCGCCUCGGCGUAUCGGUUCAAAGAAGUGAAGCAGUUGUUCGAAAAGUGUUUACGAAGCAUGUCUUCGAAGAACGGGUUAGAGUUUUUAGAGGAAAUAGCAAACGCGUUCAAACCUCCGCAAAAUGCUAACACCGUGCACGUCAUGCGAGGCGGCAAAAAGUUCACUUUCAAACGCCCUGGACCUGAGUUGAUUCGAUUGAAAGGCGAGAAGCGAGCGAAACCGAACACGUACAAAAAACCAACCGCAGCAGAGCUCAACGGCAUGUGGGAAGAGUCUGGGGGCAUGCAUUCACGGAAAGGUGCCAUCACGUCGCAUAGAACCGGUCCUUGGUCCGCCGAACACAGCUUUCUCGCUAACGCAAAAAAUAGCGUCAACGAUAACUUAAACAAGUUCAAACGAAGCGAGUUCAAGAAGACCAAGCGAGAGAAGAUGCAAGCGAAGAAAGACAAAGCGGAGCGCAAGAAACAGAAAAAGAUGAAACAAGUCAUAACAACACUUGUCAUCAAAUCAAAAAAGAACCACCAGACGAAAAAGAAAGCGGCCAACGCCUCCUCUUCUCCAACCGCCGAGAAGAAGAAGAAGAAGAAGACGCCGCCGCCGACGAAGAAAUCGUUUCAACAAAAGAGCCCGAAAAAGCUCACAUUGGCGUCGGCGGUGACCACUCGCAGCUCCAACAAGAAGAAGAAAUGA